AUGGAAACCGCCUCCUUCAACUGGAAGCUUGCUGAACGACCGUUCCGUGUGACUGAAAUCAGGAAUGAAAUGCCUGUCACUGCAGAACCAUGCAAGAAUGAACCACCGCUAUCCGGGGCAACUGAGCCAAAUGGUUUUUGUAGCAUUCCAUUCCGGACAUCACGAACUCAUAGUGCUCAGUGGAAUGGAUCAGGACCAAGGCAUUGCAUUAGUGUAAAUUACUAA